AUGUGAUUUACUCACACACAAAGUACAAAUGUUACAUGAGCACCAAGCAACAAAGUUCAUCGUCUAGCGAGCGCGUAAUUGUCAUCUAGUGCUGUUUUCACCGACUGAAUUCAUUCCCCUGUGGAGCUUGGAACUAUGAAGACGUUACUCCGGAACCAAUCUGGGAGAUCAGUGAUGAUCAAAGUGGUCUUCCUGAUAUCUUUGUUCGGAAACGUGGUUCUCUACGCAAUUUACCAUCAAGUAUUUCAUCAACUUUACAACAUGGGUGAGUCUGAUUUUGGUAGCACGCUCCUGAAUUCCGACAAGCAACUCUUGAAAUUCGUUACAGGCAUUCCGUGGACCUCCAGAUCCAUCCAUUUCUGUGGUCCCAUCAACGAGCUCUCAGUCCCUCUGACAAUGGCCAAGUUCUUAGGACUUCGUAUAGAAACCCAAAUGGACAAGGCUGACUUGAUAUGGUCUUACCAUUGCAAGUGGAACGAAAUCAAAAGUCAACUUCGGAACAUACACUUUGAUCAGAGAUUGAACAAAAUUCCUGGAUCCGAUGGAAUCGUGAAAAAAGCCAUCCUGUCCACCAGAGGAUAUCCUUUUGUGCCCAAAGGGUUUCUAUUACCUCGUGAUGAGCAAGCAAUGAAUAUCUAUCUACAAGACAACCCUAAGAAGAAGUUCCUAAGGAAGAGCUCAUUCCAUGGCGGAGUCAGCUUGUACAAUCCCAAUGGAACUUCCGUUUGGGACGACAACGAGAUCUUGGUCCAGGAAUUGGUGGAGGACUUGUUGUUGCUAGAUGGUCGAAAAUUUGACUUGACAGCCUACGUUCUGAUCACGUCAGUCAAUCCUUUGAGAGUUUACAUCAACAAAAGAUGGUUGGUCCGGAUGUCACAAGUCAAGUACUUGGAAUUCGAAUCCAAUCCCUGGUCUUACUCUACCGAUUCCUACGUGAUUGUUGCGUUGAAAUCGCAUAUGAACUCCCUUGGGAUCGAUGCAGAAGCCAAGUUCCAAAAAGUGAAGGAUAUCAUUGUUGAACUUUUGAUGGAGAACCUUCCAAGAAUGCGUGAGGGUCUCAGAGACUUUCCGAAAUCUGGAUCGAGCACAUUUUUUCAACUCAUGCGUUGGGAUUUCCUGCUGGAUUCAAGAGGAGAUCCGCAUCUGAUCGAAGUUAAUGGAUCGCCAUAUUUUGGUUGCGUUGAUUCUCGGAACAUUGCGAGAAUGAAUCGGGUUUUCUUCAAUGCAUUACGAAUUCUGGACAUGGUGCCGAUUGGACCGGAUCAUUCGAAAAGAGAGCGAGAUUUUGUGAUGCCCAUCGAUGUGACCGUCAAUCCAGAAGAGACGAAUCAAUGCCUCGAAUCUUGCCAUUCCCACCCUCAAUGCAAACUUAGCUUUCCCUGUAUGGAAGCGAUUCAUUUCGAUUUCCUCUCGACUGUUAUGAUAGAAAAUCAAAAUAUGGGCGAAUACGAAAGAUUGUUUCCAUUACCUGUGAAGGCCAAUUCUUCCACGGAACAUCUUCAAGGAAGCCAUCCUCAUUUGAGCUCUGAGGACCUUUUUCUCCGUGAUUGGUUCAAGGGCAAAUGCCAAUUGGACAAGGCCUUUUGUGCAUGAAUUACUGAUGAUCUUAGAUUAGUAGUAGAAUGUACAAGUUAAUAGAAUACCUGUGACGUCUUUUUUGCUUUGGGAACAUACAUAUUUGUACCACGUAGUUCUCAAUGUUAUCAAGAAGUGCUUGAAAUGGUCCACUGAAGACCAAAUUUUUUAUUCA